UCCAGCCCUGCUCCCGGCCUCCCCCUACCACCCUGCCUUCACCAGUCAUCAUCCCUCCGUUUUCUACGCUAGCUCGCACAAUUCCAAGGGAUCUAGCAAAACAAAAGGAAGGAGGUGGGAGUGGUGCAUUAAUAGCGAUACUUUUAAAAAAAACGGAGGGAGUAUCGUAGUAGGUGAGAAAGCCAUCUAUAACUAUAAGCAUGCAGCCGGGAAGAGAGGAGAAGAAGAGCCAUAGCGAAAUCCAUAGGGUUCUUCGUCCCCUCCCCGAUUCCCACACUGUUCCUCUACAGGCUACAGGAGCAGCAACAGCUAGCUGUGGAGACGCAACACACCCCCUUUGCCCUGGCCGACCGAUCGAUCGAUCUGCUCUCCUUGCCCCCUCUCACCCCAUCUCACCAGCAGUGACGCACCCAUCAUCAUCGAUCGAGCACAGACGAGACGACCACCCCAGCUGUCUUGCCCAAGGCAACAAGGGAAGAAGGCAGCAACCCGUCGAUAAAAGCGCACGUCGGAGCAGCAGCAUAUGGCGUCCUCGAACAGGCACUGGCCGAGCAUGUACAGGUCCAGUCUCGCCUGCAACUUCCAGCAGCCGCAGCCGCAGCCUGACAUGAACAACGGCGGCAAGUCCUCACUCAUGUCCUCAAGGUGCGAGGAGAACGGCGGAAGGAACCCGGAGCCGAGGCCGCGGUGGAACCCGCGGCCGGAGCAGAUCAGGAUCCUGGAAGGGAUCUUCAACUCCGGCAUGGUGAACCCGCCGCGCGACGAGAUCCGCCGCAUCCGCCUCCAACUGCAGGAGUACGGGCCCGUCGGCGACGCCAACGUCUUCUACUGGUUCCAGAACCGCAAGUCCCGCACCAAGCACAAGCUGCGCGCCGCGGGGCAGCUGCAGCCGUCGGGCUCGGGCCGCUCCGCCCUGCAGGCGCGCGCGUGCGCCCCGGCGCCCGUGACGCCUCCCAGGAACCUGCAGCUCGCGGCCGCUGCUCCCGUGGCGCCGCCCACGUCCUCGUCCUCGUCGUCCUCCGACCGGUCCUCGGGGUCAUCAUCGAGCAAGUCGGUGACCGUGACCCCGACGACCGCCGUCGCGCUUGCUUCUCCCGCAGGCGCCGCGCCGGCUGCUGUCUUCCGCCAGCAGGGCGUGAUGCCGACGACGGCCAUGGACCUGCUUACGCCGCUGCCGUCGUCGUCGGCCGCUCUGGCCGCGCGCCAGCUCUACUAUCAGUACCACAGCCAGAUCAUGGCGCCUGCCGCGCCGCCGAUGCCCGAUACGGUGAUCGCCUCUCCGGAGCAGUUCCUUCCGCAGUGGCAGCAGGGCGGACAGCAGCAUUAUUACCUGCCGGCCACCGAGCUCGGUGGCGUCCUCGACGGCCACUCCCACCACACACACGAGCCCCCGGCGGCCAUACACCGGCCCGUCUCGCUCUCACCCAGCGUGCUCUUUGGCCUGUGCAACGAAGCUCUAAGGCAAGACUACUGCGCCGACAUCAGCGUCGUCCCCACCAAGGGACUCGGCCAUGGCCACCAGUUCUGGAACAGCACCACCUGCGGCUCUGAUAUGGGCAAUAGCAAUAGCAAGAUCGACGCCGUGAGCGCCGUGAUCAGGGACGACGAGAAGUCCAGGCUGGGGUUACUCCACUACUACGGCUUGGCGGGCGCGACGACGACCGCUGCUGCGGCUGUCGCUCCGGCCCCUCUCGCUGCAGAUGCCGCCGCCGGUACGGCCACGCUGCUUCCAAGCUCUGCGGCGAGCGACCAGUUGCAAGGGCUGUUGGAUGCUGCUGGGCUGCUGAUGGGGGAGACGCCGCCGACGCCGACGGCGACGGUGGUGGCCGUGGCCCGGGACGCCGUGACGUGCGCGGCCACCGCCACCGCGCAGUUCAGCGUGCCGGCGUCGAUGCGCCUGGACGUGAGGCUGGCGUUCGGCGAGGCCGCCCUUCUGGCGCGCCACACCGGCGAGGCGGUCCCCGUCGACGAGUCCGGCGUCACGGUGGAGCCGCUCCAGCAGGACACUCUCUACUACGUGCUCAUGGCGACUAAUAACUGAAUGACGAUAUGGAGCUGCACGUCUGCGUCAACUAGUAUCGAUCGAUCGAUCGAAGGCGUGCCGCGGAUGACGAAGAGCUAGCGACAGCGCUAAUUGGUCCACGCAUUUGAUCUGCAUCAUUUUCCUUACCUUAAGCACGUACGUACCUAGGUAUAUUUUGCCCUGCAUGCAUAUGUAUUUGGAGUCAGGAGUCAUGGACCAAACUGUGUUUUUUUGCUUUGUUAUCGUCUGGUGAGAAAUGAAAUAAGCCAUGCAUGCAUCCCGAUGCAAGUUCUGCAUGCAGUGCCCC